GGGUUUGAACACCUCAGAGUCUUCACUGCAAACACAAGACUUUAGAGACAAAGUGGAGCGAGUAAAAAAAAACCUGACAAGUGCAGCAGGGAGGACAAAAGAAGGGAAAAAAAGAAGAAGCAGAGUGGGCGUGGACGUCCCACAGAGUUUCAGUCCAGCUUCUCCCAGUCGUUCUGUCAUUUUAUGACGGGGAAGUCUGAGAGGAGUCGUUUCACUUCAACYGUUCCUGCUCCUGGAUGUUCAGGAGCGAGCUCAGACUGGAUCAGAGCCWACACUGAAUCUAAUCAGAUAUGUCAAACUCCUUACAGAUGCACGAGAAAGAAGCCCGCCCGCUGAACACAACACCGGGGUCUGCGGAUGAAGACGACACAAUUAAAGACCCCGAGGCAAACUUCCGCAACAACAAGUACCACAGGAGGCUGGCCAUGUGCAGCAUCAUCUGUGGCGUCUCCUGCAUCGGCAUCCAGGCACUGACAUACUCGUUCAAGGCUGAACACACAGGAAACAGAGCGACAGCUGAGAAGGCCAGAAAAUACAGCAUCAUCUCCAUCGUGGUGUUUUUCUCCAUCAUCGUCUCCAUCCCCAUACUGAUGGCACUUUUCUCAUAUCUCGUCACGUUAGGAGACUGAAACAUUCAAAACUGGACCAAAGCGCUCUUUAUGAAGCUGGACGUUACAUAAAAAGACUUGCUGGUUUUACACAAAACACCACGUUGAACCAACUCUUCACAACCUUUAUGUGCAUUUUAUUUAACUUGAAACGACCAGAAAACACAAUCCAGCAUUGCCUAUAAUUUAAAAUACUGUAUGACACAAACCAGGUGCAUUUGAAAGGCUUUCUGCUUCUCUUUCAGUUUUCUAUAAGCUACAACCACAAAAAA